AAAAAAAAAAAAUUAAAAUAAAUUUUUUUUUUAAGAUGGAAACAUUCGAUGAUUAUAAUAAUAAUUCGGAUGAUAAACCUUUCGAAGAUCCAUUACAAAAUCCAUAUUUUAGAUAUUAUUUAGAAUAUAUUAAUAAUUCUUAUGAUUUUAUAAAACUACAAAAUGAUGUUACAUACUUACAAAACGCUUAUAAUGAUUAUUUUGAUAAAUUAAUUGAAUAUUGUAGACCAAAUUAUCCUCCUUAUAUAAACGUAGAAGAAUAUACUUUAAGUUUUGAUGAAAUUAUUAAAAAUAAAAGAAGGGUUAAGGAUAUAACAAAAAAGAACGCAGGAAAUUCUUUUAUGUUAUAUAGAAAAUAUCUUUAUAAAUAUUUAGAAACUUCUGGAAUAAAUAUUCCUAUGCAAUCUCUUUCUUCUUUAGCUGGUCAUUUAUGGGCAAGUGAACCAAAAUUUGUAAAAGAUUAUUAUAAGAAACUUUCAGAUCAAAUAAAGAAUUUACAUAAUGAAAGAUUAAAGGAUUUAAUACAGAGUAUACCUAAUAAACGUAAACAACCAUCAGAUGAUGAUCAAUUUGAGUUAUUAUAUGCCAAAUUUCAACGUUUAAGCGAAUAAUUAUAAUCUUGGGAAUAAAAGAUUAGUAAGAUUUAGAUUAAGAAGAUUUAAGAUGUAUUGAGAUUAUGAUGAUGAUUGAUUAGUGUUUUUAUUAUUAGCUUAGGCCUUAGAGAUAGUUCCUUGGAACAUUUAUAUAAAUAGUAUUUUCAUUUAGCAUUUUAUCAAUUUUAUCAAGAACAUUUUUAAAUGUAUUUGUUUUUCAAAUACUUUUCU